UGUACUUGCUAUUAAACAAUUAUAUCAAGACUUUAAUGAUAGAUACCUUAAAAAUAAUAAAUGAGACAUAAACAUUAUGGUGGGAUCUAAGUCCAAUAAAUAAAUUAUAGGUCACAACCAAAGGGAAAUGAAAGAAUUAGAAACUUACAAGUUAGAGAGAAGCCCCAAAAAAAAAAAGAUGAAUACUCCUUUCUUUGAGAUCCAAGAUUGGAACAUGUCCCAUGAUGUUUUUCCAGACAAUUUUUGUUUUGAACCAUUCACAAGCAAUGAUUUUGUUGAUGACCCUUUUCAUCAUUCUCUUUCCUUUGAUAUGAUUGAUGAAUCCUACAUGGAUUCAUCAACAACAACAGCCAUGGAGAACAACAACAACAUCAUCAAGAACAAGAACAAGAACAAGAAGAAAGAGAAUAUUGAAGUUGGUAAGGGAAGUGGAGGUUACAUAGGAGUUCGGAAAAGGCCAUGGGGGAAAUUUGCAGCAGAAAUAAGAGACAGAACAAGGAAUGGAAGAAGGGUUUGGCUUGGAACAUUCGAGAGUGCAGAAGAUGCUGCUUUGGCUUAUGAUCAAGCUGCAUUCUCCAUGAGAGGCUACAACGCUGUUCUCAACUUUCCAUUCAAAAGGGUUAAAGAUUCUUUGCAAGGAAUGAUCAUGGAUUCUGAUUCUUGUUCUGGUUCUUCACCUGCACUUGCACUCAAAGAGAGGAAUUGGAUCCAAAGGAAGUUGUCAAAGACUAACAAGAAAAGGGAAUCAUCAGAGAAAUCUUCAUCAUCAUCAACAACUAAUGUGAUGGUGUUUGAGGAUUUGGGGGUUGAAUAUCUAGAACAACUGCUUAGCAUUUCAGAUCAAAAUACCACCACAACUUAGUUAUUUACUACUUACUCCGAUCCUUAGCAUUUUCUUUCUUUAAUUAUCCCCCUUCACAAAUGUAAUUUAGUUUCACUUUGUUUCCUCUUUCUUGAUUUUGUUGCUCUUCCUUCGGAUUUUCAUAAGUCCAAUGUUCUACUAAUAAGCACAUUUAACAAUAAUCUCUAUAAUUCUUUAUAAGUCCUUCUCCAUUUUCUUCUAGUC